AUGUCCCGCAACUCCGCCUUGAAGCGCCUCUAUAGCUCCUCCUCCUCCAGCGCCUCCGCCAACGACUCCCCCGCGACCACCACAGCCACCACCCCCGACCCCUCGCAGUCCCGCCGCGAAUCCGAGCACGACGACAACGACUCUGCCUCAAGCACAGCCUUCAACCCCGCCAAGGUCUCCUCCAAGCUCACAACCCUCGCUGCCAGCGCCGCCACCGUCGUCCCGGGCUCCGAUGAAGGUCACCCCAAUGAUCCGCUGUUGCGUGUUUAUGACCCCUCCAAGGACGACAAUCUGAGCAUGGAGGAGCUACUCGCCCGUCCGCGCCUGCCGCGCACGCCACACGAACGUGCCGCUAUGAACAAGCUGAAAGCCGGGCUGGAGACUGUUGCAAAUGGUGGCGCAUCGGCGGAGCUUGGUCCGAAAGAGCAACUUGCUGCCAAGAAGCUCCUGGAGCAGGCUGGAGAGGCGCUGAAGAAGGCCGAUCGCGAGGAGCAUAUGAAGCUUAUCAUGGGCAUGGCUAAAGACGUCGACGCCAGCUAUGCGAGGAGUAAUGAGCAGUGA